AUGAAGUCACUCCUGCUCCUGUUGGUCUUUCCUCUGUGCCCAAGGACAGAGGCAGGGAAAAUCCUUGGGGGCCAGGAAGCUGUGGCCCAUUCUCAUCCCUACAUGGCAUUUCUUCGGAUCAAGACUCCAACUACAACAAAAGAAUAUGGGGGUUUCCUUGUACGUGAGGACUUUGUCCUGAAAGCAGCACACUGCUGGGGAAGUUCCAUCACUGUCGUCCUGGGGGCCCAUGACAUCAAACACAAUGAGCAGACCCAGCAGAUCAUCCCUGUAAAAAAAGCCUUCCUCCACCCAGAUUACAACAGCAACUAUUUCAAUGACAUCAUGUUACUGCAGGUGAGGAAUGCCAUUCCAAUGGGUCUUGAACACUUUAAUCCUGGAGGAUUAAAUCUGCUGUCCUUCAGUCCAACCAUCCUUCCUAAAAUGAAGCCUUCACUUGUCUCAGUGCCAUGA